GUUGGUAUUACUAGUCAAGUAUAGAGAUGGCACUAAAAAGAGGUGUAGGUUAUGUGACAUUAACCUAUUCAUUGUGUAUACACGUUUAAAAAUUUUACUACUCUGUCAAUUUACUGUUUAGCAGAUAGUAUAUUUUGUGUCGCAAUUCUGAAUAUUGUAGAUUCAUUAAUUCCUUCUUAGGCAGCAAAGUGUGAUGUGAAUUGUACGUUGUAAUUUAGUAUUAUUUUUUAAUGUUUAAAAAUUAAAAUGGGGAAAAAGUCGCCAAAUAUAUGGAAGGGGGCAUUAUCGUACAUAUAUUCACGUUUAACUCGACCAUUUCGUAAUUUUAAUAUUACGAAUCGAACAAGCAAGGUUUUAUCAAAAGAUAAACCCGAUGCUGCACCUCAAUAUCCUACAGUAGUUAAACAAAAAGAAUUAGUAAAUAAAAUGUACCCAAAUUUCAUGGAAAACCAUUACAAAAAGGAUAUGCAAUUAGAUGAUUAUUUAAAGAAAGUUUAUGUCACAUCUAAAGAUUCUAUGAAAGUAACAGAGGAAUCUGGUUCAAGUAAGUUAUUACCCCAAAGAAGAUAUAAUCUAAGGGAAGCUGAGUUUCCUUAUGAAAACAUUGGUCGGAUUCCUGAAGGUAAAUGUUCCCUGCAAGAUGCUUUAUAUUUUAUACACAUGCAUAGUGACGAUCCUAAUAAAUAUACUGUAGAACAAAUAGCUACUGAAUACAAGCUAGAUAAACAGGUAGUAGAAAAUAUUUUGAAAUAUUUUGUGAUUCCUAUUUCAUUGAGUACAAUAUUUGAAGAAGAUCAAACAUCUGACCCUCCGCUAUUAAAAGAAAAGUAAUUAUAUUGUAAUUUAUUGUAUAUUUCAUUUAAGUGUUGUAUAGAUAAUUGAAUAAUUAUGUAACGAAUAAAUAAAUUAUACGUAUUUACAAAAAAAUAUAAUUACACAAAUGAUCGCAUGACA